AUGGAUCACGGCGCGCAUACGACCAGCCCCCUCGUCAAUCUCCUAGGAGACAAAAGUCCUGGUGUCAAGCGUAUAGAGGCGAUCUCUGCGUCUUUCACGCGAUGGAGCAAGAUCUCCCUCUUCGUCAGCAUAUUUUUGGUCGCGUACGCCUACGGGUUGGAUGGCACGGUCCGCUAUACGUAUCAGAGCUAUGCUACGAACUCGUACGCAACCCACUCGCUUCUGGCCACAGUCAAUGUUCUGCGCGCAGUGAUUGCGGCUGCUGCACAGCCUACCCUUGCAAAACUUAUGGAUGUCUUCGGUCGCUUUGAAGUGAUGACCGUGUCCGUCAUCUUCUAUAUCAUCGGAACGAUUGUCGAAGCCACGUCCAACAACGUGAAGUCUUUUGCUGGUGGGGCGAUCCUCUACCAGAUCGGGUACACUGCAAUCAUGCUUCUUAUUGAGGUCCUCAUCGGCGAUACCACUACCCUCCGUAACCGUGUACUGUUCUCGUUCAUCCCUGCCACGCCAUUCCUGAUUAACACGUGGAUUAGCGGUAAUGUUACUGCUGCAGUUCUUGGUGUGACUACAUGGAGAUGGGGUAUCGGCAUGUGGGCGAUCAUUUACUUUGUGGCUAUCCUCCCGCUUCUGUUUACACUCUUUCACGUCUCCCGACGUGCGGAGCGCAAUGGUGCACUGGCAGCAUAUAAGUCUCCUUUCGAACAACUGGGUACCGCUAAGUUGGCUGUUGCGCUCUUCUGGCAACUCGAUGUCAUUGGGAUUGUCCUCGUUAUUGCUAUUUUUGCUCUGGUUCUCGUCCCUUUCACGAUCGCUAGGGCUGUCAAAGACCAAUGGAAAAGCGCACAUAUCAUCGUCAUGAUAGUCCUUGGCGCCGCAUGCGUUCCAGUUCUAGUUAUGUGGGAACUUAAAGCCAAGCAUCCCCUGAUUCCCUUCAAGCUCCUCAAAGACCGUGGUGUGUGGGCCGCGCUUGGGAUUGCUGUAAUGCUUGAUACAAUGCUGGUUGUCGCUUUUGGCGAAUCCAUAACAUCGGCAACGCGUAUAACAAGCGUGUAUUCCUUUACUAGUGUCAUCACUGGGGUCAUUUUGGGAUUUGUUGUGAGAUAUGUCAGAUACCUCAAAUCUUUCAUUGUUUUCGGCAUCACUCUCUUCUUCGUCGCAUUCGGUCUGCUGAUACAUUUCCGAGGAGGGAGUGGGAACACCUCGCACUCUGCAAUCGUCGGUGCACAAGUUGUCCUCGGCAUCGGAGGAGGGCUGUUUGCCUAUCCGACACAGGCUAGCAUCCAAGCUGCCACGAAGCAUGAACAUAUGGCCACUAUCACUGCUCUUUACCUCGCCUCGCAAUUAACAGAACGCCUUGGCAACGCGACAUUGGCUGCAUCCGUCUACGGGAGCCCUCUGACCAUCGCCGUUCUCUACGAUUUUGGUACACCUGAACGUUCUGCGAUCGUCGAUGCAUACAAGCACACCCAAAAAUUGCUCUGCAUCACCGGCAUAGCCCUCUGCAUUCCCAUGUUCAUCUUCGCCCUCUUACUGCGCGACCCUCGUAUGACGGACGAACAGAGUAACCCUAACGCAGAGAGGAGCGUUAGCGCUGAUUUAGUAAUUGAUGAAGAAUCUGGUUCAAACGUUGAUGGAAAAGAUGGUCUCCACAAAUGA